AUGGCAGUUGCUCUAUCUUCUUCCUCCGGCGUCGCCUUUCAUCUUCAUUCUCCGUCGUCAGGAUUAUCCGUCAACAGACUUCUGUUUCGUAAUCGGAACUUCAAUCCUUGCUGUCUAUCUCUUCCAAUUCAUCGUCCUUCUCGCUCUGUACUUGUUUUUGCUCGUGGGAAGAACAGGAAGGGAUUCGCAUCUUCGUCGUCUUCGUCUCCGAAGAGAAAUAAAAAGAAAAUUUUUCAAGGAGAUGAUAACGGAGGAAGUGAGGAGGACGAUCCAUUUGAGGCAUUGUUCAAUCUAUUGGAAGAGGAUUUGAAAAACGAUAAAUCUUCGAUAGAUGAUGAGGAGAUAACCGAGGAAGAGCUAGAUGCAUUAGCAGCAGAGUUAGCUGAAGCAUUAGGUGGCGGUGACGAUGUUGAUGGCAUUGACUUGUUUGGUUCAGCUACUGGUGAUGACGCUGAUGAAGAAACGGAUGACGAGGAUGAUGAUGUUGUUGCUGAUGGUGACGAAGAGGAUGAGGAGGAUGAUGACAGCGAAGAAGAUGAAAGACCCACAAAGCUCAAGAAUUGGCAGCUUAGAAGAUUGGCUUAUGCAUUGAAAGCUGGGCGCCGUAAAACUAGUAUUAAGAAUCUGGCGGCUGAGCUAUGUCUUGAGAGGGCUUACGUUCUUGAAUUGCUUCGUGACCCGCCUCCGAAGCUUUUAAUGCUAAGUGCUACACUACCAGAUGAAAAACCGCCGGUAGCAGCACCUGAAAACACCUCACCUGAUCCAGUUCCUGUAGAAUCGUCAUCGGCUGAAGAUGUUGUUGGGGUGGAAACUGAGGGAAAAGUAGAAGAAGGAGAAGCAGUACAUGUGAUGCAACAGAGAUGGUCUGCUCAGAAAAGGGUGAAGAAAGCUCACAUUGGAACACUAGAAAAAGUUUACAGACGAUCAAAACGACCCACUAAUGCUGUAGUAAGCAGCAUUGUUCAAGUUACCAAUCUUCCAAGGAAGAAAGUUUUAAAGUGGUUCGAAGAUAAAAGAGCAGAGGAUGGAGUUCCAGAGAAGCGAGGUCCGUAUCAAGCGUCGGUUUGA